AUGUUCUGUAAGAGUUGGCUACUGGUUGGUCUCUUCAUCCUACUGAAUUUUUUACUGCUGUAUUUCACUGCCAUUACCCUCGAAACAAGAAAGUGGCAGAAAAUGGUGCAAAAGACAGGGAACCCCCAUGUUUCUUACCCUCAAAAUUACAGAUUUAUCCUUGACCAGCCAAAGAAGUGUGAACAGCAAAAGCCCUUUGUGGUGAUUAUCGUCCCUGUGGCCCCGCAGAACGUCGCGGCACGUAACGCCAUCAGGAUAACAUGGGGCAGCGAGGAGCCUGUCCGGGACAAACUGGUACUGGUUCUCUUUCUUCUGGGCUCCCAAAGUGGUGACAAAACACUGCAGGAGCAACUCCAGAAUGAGAGCGAGGAGUACCAAGACCUUCUCCAGAGCAACUUCCUGGAUUCCUACAGGAACCUGACCAUUAAGACCUUGGUGAUGAUGGAAUGGCUCGACAGAAAUUGUCCACAGGCAUCCUAUGGUGUGAAAGUGGAUGCUGAUGUGCUCCUCAAUAUGAAAAACCUAUUACACAUGCUUGUGAGUCUGAAAACACUACAACGUAAUUACAUCACCGGCCUAGUAAUAUCUGGAAACAUUGUCUUGAGAGAUCCAUCCAGCAAGUUUUAUGUCCCUCAUGAUGUGUAUCCUAAAUUCAGAUAUCCUCCCUAUCCUCUGGGUAUGUGUUAUAUCUUUUCUAUGGACUUACCAGAAAAGAUCCUGCACAUCUCAAGGCAUAUCAGACCUAUUUUUAUUGAGGACGCAUAUCUGGGCAUGUGCUUGAAGCAUUUGGGAAUCGCACCUAAGAAACCACCAGAUAUUGGACAGUUUGUGGUCGAACCACCAAAAAAAUUCAAUCGCUGUUACUAUUCUGGACGAAUAGCAAUACUCACAGACAGCCUGACUCAGCUGAUUUCCUAUUGGAUGGAUAUUCACUCAACCAAAAGACCCUGCUCAAAAGACUUGCUUGGAGUCUAA